UAGUCAACACAGGAAGUUGUCAUUGCUGGUCGAGCAGUAUUCCCGCGAACACCCGGACGUCUCCGCAGAGUCAGAGCAUCAUGAGUAAGAGGACGGCGAAAGAUGCUCAUCUGCCAGUAGGAGAAUGCGUCACACAGGUUCAGGACAUUUUAAGGCAGCGGCUUUGUCAUCAGCGGCUCCCCGACAAGCCGGAGGGAGUAGAGGCUCAACACAGACACCUCCUGGAGCUGCUAAAGCGCACGGCCAUCCACGGGGAGAGCAACUCGGUGCUAAUCGUCGGUCCCAGGGGAGCGGGCAAGACGAUGCUGCUCAAGUGUGUGUUGAGAGACCUGCUCGAGGACAAGGAGGCACAGAAAAGCCUGCUACAGGUUCACCUGAACGGUCUCCUGCAGACCGACGACAGAAUAGCGCUGAAAGAAAUAACGCGGCAACUCCACCUGGAAAACGUUGUCGGAGACAAAGUGUUUGGUAGUUUUGCAGAAAAUCUGGGUUUCCUGUUGGAGGCACUAAAGAAAGGUGAUCGCAGCAGCAGUCGCCCGGUGCUGUUCAUCCUGGAUGAGUUCGACCUGUUCGCCCACCAUAAGAACCAGACUCUGCUCUACAACCUGUUCGACGUCUCUCAGUCUGCGCAGGCGCCCAUCGCCGUGGUCGGCAUCACCUGCAGACUGGAUGUUCUGGAGCUGCUGGAGAAGCGGGUGAAGUCGCGCUUUUCCCACCGUCAGAUCCACCUGCUGAGCAGCCUGACGUUCACCCAGUACCUGGAGCGGGUCCGAACCCAGCUCAGCCUGCCGGACGGUUUCCCCGACAGCAGGUUCGCUCAGGACUGGAACGACGGCGUCAAGACUUUGUGUGGAGACAAAUCAGUCGAGGAGGUUUUACAGAGACAUUACAACUCCAGCAAAGACGUCCGGUCACUGCACAUGCUGCUGAUGUUGUGCCUGAGUCGCGUCUCUGUCGCCAAACCUGCCAUCAAACCCGCCGACCUCCUGGAGGCCAGCCGGCUGUGCUUUGCUGACGCCAAGGCGAAUAUGCUCCAUGGCCUGUCCAUCCUGGAGCUGUGCCUAAUCAUCGCCAUGAAACACCUCAACGAUGUCUACGAAGGAGAGCCGUUCAACCAUCAGAUGGUUCACAACGAGUUUAAAAAGUUCCUGCAGAGGAAGUCAAACUCCAUGUACAACUUCGAGCAGCCCGUCAUCUUGAAGGCCUUCGAGCACCUGCAGCAGCUGGAGUUGAUCCGACCGGUCGACGGCUCCUCGGCCAAAACCCAGAGGGAGUACCAGCUGAUGAGGCUCAUGCUGGACCACAGUCAGAUCAUGGAGGCUCUGCAGAAGUAUCCGCAGUGCCCCACGGAUGUCAAGCAGUGGGCCAUGUCGGCGUUCGGUUAGGGCUCCACGGAACACUCUGGAGCUCGCCUGGACGCUUGGUUUGCCGUGCUCCAGCACUGCGAGAGAAAAAAAAAGUGAACUCAUAUCCUCAAAGUUUGGAAAGAAGCUGGUGACGUUUCUGUGUUGUCGAGCAUACAGAUACCGAAACGCACCAAGUACCAAGUGAAAUGUCUUACGGAAUCAAUCAAAGAUUUGAAAUCGAAACGAGCACUUCAGCUUGAACCAAGGGCCACAAUUAAAACGAAGCAGGGGGAAAACAGUGCUGCUGACAGGUGAGACUGUAUAGUCUACACCACAGUGCAAAAGUUUUGCCUCAAAUGGAUUUUCUAUGUAAUAAACAAUUAUCCCAAUAUAA